AUGGUGUUGCCUGAAAAUCUCCUAUUUCCCUCAGCGUUCUCGAGCUCGGUGCUUAGGAAGCGACAAGUGAUCGGCUCGCAGCGGCUCAACACAAGCGAAGGACUGCUGAAAAAUUUCCAAGUCACACAGCCUCCCGUGGUCCCUCAACAGGGCAAAUCUUGUAGUCGAAGUCUCCUCCAAACUACAUUUGGAAACAGUUUUGGUAAACCUGCAAGGGUUAGCUACUCUGCACCACAAGAGUGCGGCGAAUCAAGGAGCUGGGCCUCAGUGAUCCUAAGUUUGACUUUCACAUCACGGGGCAAUCAAUUCGAUCGCCUAAGUUCUAUAUUUUUAAGCGGAGUUGAGAUCAUGAGGACAUCCACAGCGGAGCCUACGCCUGGAGGUAUCACAUGGACAAUUCAAAAGGAUGUGACCAAAUACAUUCCGCUAUUCGCCUUGCCUCAAACCAGUUUAGUCAUGAGGCUAGAUAACAUUGUCGACAAAUCAAGUGGAAUAGAUGGAGAAUUUUAUGUGGAACUAUCUGCAACCUAUUACAUGGCCACUGCGGAUUUCCCAGCCUCAAUACCGCCAGCUGUUAUCAUUCCACUCUCAGAAAGUGACUCAGCACCGUUUUCAGUUCCUAAAGCUGCGACAAUACCCGUUCAAAUACCAUCUAAUGCCGUAUCUGCUGCUGUGGAAAUUUAUGCUAGUGGUUCUGACAAAGAAGAGUUUUGGUACACGAAUCCUUUGGACCAAGUGCUCCCGGCGUUGAACAACACGUCAAAUGAAAAUUGCUCUGCCAAGGGAUCCUUCCGGGAAGUUCAACUUUGGAUCGACAAUCGGCUAGCUGGGGUUGCUUAUCCAUUUCCCGUAAUAUUCACUGGAGGGAUGUUGUUGACUUGGUGGAGACCCAUGGCUGCCUACGGAAGCUUCGACCAACCCACUUAUCAAAUCGAUAUCACACCUUUCCUACCUCUUUUAACUGAUUCCAAACCCCACAACUUCACUCUGACUGUUGAAGGACAAGGCGAAAAUCGAUCAAUCAAUUCAAAAUGGUUUUUGAGUGGAAACAUUGCGAUGGCGCUUGACACUUCAGGAGAACGUACCACAGGAGAAAUGAUCGAGUAUAAAACUGAUCCUACUAUCAACAUUGCUGGAGGGAUAUGCGGAGGCUCGGUUUGUACAACCACCAAUGCUAGCCGGAAAUUAUUUAUUGAAAGCUACUUAGUAACAGGCAGUAAGACAAAGAAAAAAGCAUCUUUUAAGCAAGACUUUGCUUAUCAAAACAAGCAAAUUAUUGCCGCAGAUGGUAGCUCCCAGUUUCCCUUUGAUGGUAAAACUUCAAAAUGGGCCAGCAGGUUUGAAGGGGGAUAUCAACCUCACUUACAAUCGCAAACUGAAGCCAGCUCUAAGAGGGCUGGCAACAAGUAUCCAGACCACCCAAAUCGCAACCGGGACCUUGGAGCUUGCUGAUCAGAACAGGGCUUCGGGAGGCCUAGGACAAACCGGGCAAG